AUGUCGCUUCGUUUCGCAUCGAUGCGGUUGGUGCCGCCAGCUUCGGUGCUGCCACACCUCGAGCGGUCCGCAGCCAACGUGGUGCGCUCCAACACGCUGCGCACUGCUCGUCUCGCCUCCACCGUGCGUCCGAUCUCGCUCAGGCUUUCGAAUAGCACCCCGGCGCAAUUGGGACUGCGAUCAUUGUCGACCUCCAGACCGACACUGUUGGAGACGUCGCUUCGUCGGUCUUCGCAGAGCGGCAAGUCGACCAAGGAGCAGGCUGAGCAGGCCGAGGAGGCCGACUCGGAUGCACCGCCACCCAAGGCAUCCCUGCGCGAGCGACUCAAGUUCCUCACGCGCCGCUAUGGAUGGUGGGCGCUAGGCGUGUACCUCGCCGCCUCGUCCGUCGACUUUUCGCUUACCUUCCUGGCGAUCCAUCUGUUGGGUGCCGACCACAUCCGCUCGCUCGAAGCUCAGGUGCGCUCGUCGCUCGGCCUUGAACAGCGUCACGACGACCCAGACAGCCAGGACGGCAAGAAGCAGAGCGGUAGCAGUACGAUUUGGACAGAAGCCGUGCUGGCUUAUACCAUCCACAAGACGCUUCUGCUGCCCGUUAGGGUCGCUUUCACCGCCGCCGUCACACCGAGCUUUGUCAAGUGGCUCGUCAAGAUGGGCUGGGCACGCGCAAAUCACCAAGUCAAGGCCCAGGUCGGACGCAAGGCUGCAGACAAAGCCAUCCAAGACGUCAUCAAGCGCAAUGCGGCCAAAGAAACAACAAAGCAUUCCUGA